AUGUCUACGAAGCGAAAGAACGAAGCACCCACUUCGCCAAAGCCUGCGAAGAAAGCCAAGACAGGUGCCACUCCUACACGCACGUCUCCACGAAACAAGAAGGGCGGUAGUGAGACACCACCUGCAAACAGUACCAGCAAGAAGCCGAGGAAGCCGGCGCAUCCCGGAUCAAAAGCAGUCAAAGCCCCAGACGAAGACGCCAACUUUGAAUGGGAGAUUCUAGGUGGUGACAAGCGCUCGACGCUCGUCGUUGGGGAGGCCCAGCCAAAGCGACUAACACUCAAGUUCCACCAUCGACAUGACAACAACGAGAAGGAUCGAACCUUUGAGUACGACAGGAGGGCAGCGAAAGACAUUGACUGGAAUAACAAAGACCACAUCAGGGACAUCAACAAGUGGCGCAACCAAAUAUUCGUCCAAAACAUGAAGUUCACUCCCAAGGUCACUCACACACCAUGGGCUCCAUUCGAGACCGCCUAUCUCGAGCUGUUCCACGAGAAGCUCCUAGAGGCUGCGACUGGGAAGACGGAUACCUUUGUGGCGCCUCACAACGAGCUCAUAUACCAGGCUUUCAACGAUUACUUCGAGGGCCGCACUGACAUUCCUGACAAGAGCGGCAAACCAAUGGAAGAGGCUCUGGGUACCAGGCCCCCGGGUGGGCUAAAUUCGUACCUCAACCGUGCUGAUACUAACCUCCGUGGCCUGCGAGAUCGUAUGAAAGCACUCAAGCCUAAGCUAAAGAAGAGCAAGAAGGAGGACGCCUGGAUGCCUGACAUCACGGACGACGAAAUCGAACAGUAUAUUAAAGGAGAGUGGGAGUCGGCUGUCGAUACUGCUGCUGCUGUCGCUGCUGCUGCUACUAAUGAAGAUGAUGGAGAAGAAGAGGAUGAAGCUCAAGCUGAGGAUGAAGGUGAAGAAGAUGAAGAGCAAGCUGAGGAAGAAGACGAAGGUGAUGACUCUGACACUUCUACUCUCACCACACCACCUGACACGGACGAAGAACUUGAAAGCAUGGAGAUCCUUGAGCGCGAACAACAAGCUAAGCGUCUGAUAGUCAAGCUUAAGCUUAAACCCAGCACAGCCAGCAAAUUUCCAGGAAGCAAACGUCCAACCACCAGGCCUGCAGUCACCAAGCCCACGACAACCAAGCCGACGACAACCAAGCCUACGACAACCAAGCCUAUGACAACCAAGCCUACAACCAACAAUCCCGCAUCAAACACGCGGAGUACUAGUAAGGCCAGCUCGGGCAGGUCAAGCGCCCGUUCUUCCUCGCCGCCUCCACCAGAGAAAAGCACCAAAAAGUCGACCUCCUCCAAGAAGACGAUGACUGAUCCACCGAAAGCGACAGAACCGUCCGAGCCGAAGUCGAAGCCGCGAGUUGUUAAGCCCGUUGAGACCGAACCAAUACCCACCCAUCCAGACGUCAUUGCCGAUCUCAAGGCUCGAGGCUACACGUGGACCGAACUACCCGCGACCAAUAAAGAGGCAAUCAAGGCGCAUCAGGAAGCGCAGAACAAGAAGCCUUCUCAAAACACAUGGAUUGACGGCGCAGUCGAGGCUCUCAAGGAUAGGACCAAGAGGCAGACUAGCCCGGGCUUCGAUCACGAGUUCUUCAACAAGGACGUACAACACGAGUACGAAAAUAAGGGCGAGAUGAUCAACGUCGAAGACUGGCACAAGAAGUCUGCGCGCAGAGAUGGAGCCGCCGCAGUCACAGCUCUACUCAAUGCGGCUGAUAUCCCACCUCUGGGUUACACGGGCGACAUACGCAAACUUCACAAGAACAGACUGUUGUCGGAAGACGAGCUCAAAUUAGCUGAUGCACGCGACGCUGCUAUUACCCAAAAGCACGAAGCAGUUGAGCGCGCACGCCAGUUGAAGAUCGCAAAAGAGUCUGCCACAAGUGCUUCGAAAAGGGAGAUGCAUGAGCAGGCUGCGCGAAAGCAGAAGAGUGUGUGGGACGAUCCGGAAAUCACGGAUGAUUCGGGUAAUGAGUCUUUGGACGAUCCGGCGGAUGAUGAAGCACGUAAGGGAGACUGA